UGUGUUCCAGUGAGCUCUUCUCCCCAUCUCAGAAGUACCAGCUGUUGGUGUAUCACGCAGAUUCGCUGUUUCAUGAUAAGGAGUACCGGAAUGCUGUGAGUAAGUACACCAUGGCUCUGCAGCAGAAGAAGGCCCUAAGUAAGACUUCCAAAGUGAGACCUUCAACUGGCAAUUCUGCAUCUACUCCCCAGAGCCAGUGUCUUCCAUCUGAAAUUGAAGUGAAAUACAAAAUGGCUGAAUGCUAUACCAUGCUAAAGCAAGAUAAAGAUGCCAUUGCUAUCCUUGACGGGAUCCCUUCAAGACAAAGAACUCCCAAAAUAAACAUGAUGCUAGCAAACCUCUACAAGAAGGCUGGCCAGGAGCGUCCUUCCGUCACUAGCUACAAGGAGGUGCUGCGGCAGUGCCCACUAGCACUUGAUGCCAUUCUUGGUUUGCUGUCCCUGUCUGUAAAAGGGGCAGAAGUGGCCUCGAUGACAAUGAAUGUGAUCCAGACCGUGCCCAACUUGGACUGGCUCUCUGUGUGGAUCAAAGCCUAUGCUUUCGUGCACACUGGUGACAACUCGAGAGCAAUCAAUACCAUCUGUUCCCUGGAGAAAAAAUCCUUAUUACGAGAUAAUGUGGAUCUACUGGGGAGUUUAGCAGACCUGUACUUCCGAGCUGGAGACAAUAAGAACUCUGUCCUCAAGUUCGAACAAGCACAGAUGUUGGACCCUUAUUUGAUCAAGGGAAUGGAUGUUUAUGGCUACCUCCUGGCUCGAGAAGGGCGGCUGGAGGAUGUGGAGAACCUCGGCUGUCGACUUUUUAAUAUUUCAGAUCAGCAUGCAGAGCCCUGGGUGGUCUCUGGGUGUCACAGCUUCUAUAGCAAACGCUACUCUCGGGCCCUCUACUUAGGGGCCAAGGCCAUUCAGCUGAAUAGUAAUAGUGUUCAAGCUUUGCUACUCAAGGGAGCUGCGCUUAGGAACAUGGGAAGAGUUCAAGAAGCAAUAAUCCACUUCCGGGAGGCCAUACGGCUUGCACCUUGUCGCUUAGAUUGUUAUGAAGGACUCAUCGAAUGUUACUUAGCCUCCAACAGUAUCCGAGAAGCAAUGGUAAUGGCAAACAACGUUUACAAAACUCUGGGAGCAAAUGCACAGACCCUCACCCUUUUAGCUACUGUUUGUCUUGAAGACCCGGUCACACAAGAGAAAGCCAAAACGUUAUUAGAUAAAGCCCUGACCCAGAGGCCAGACUACAUUAAAGCGGUGGUGAAAAAAGCAGAGCUACUUAGCAGGGAGCAGAAAUAUGAAGAUGGAAUUGCUCUGCUGAGGAACGCGCUCGCUAACCAGAGUGACUGCGUCUUACAUCGGAUCCUAGGCGAUUUCCUCGUAGCUGUCAAUGAGUAUCAGGAAGCAAUGGACCAAUAUAGUAUAGCACUAAGUUUGGACCCCAAUGACCAGAAGUCUCUAGAGGGGAUGCAGAAGAUGGAGAAGGAGGAGAGUCCCACAGAUGCCACUCAAGAGGAGGAUGUGGACGACAUGGAAGGCAGUGGGGAAGAAGGGGACCUGGAGGGCAGCGACAGUGAAGCAGCCCAGUGGGCUGACCAGGAACAGUGGUUUGGCAUGCAGUGAGGCAGGCGAACGUCGGUGCUGAGACUGACGGCUCUGUGGACUGACAGAGCCAUUCCUGGAGGACAGACCUGCAGGCUGCAGUGAGAUUCCUGCCCCCUCACUCCAUAUUCCAGUGGUGACAUCAUUUAAGAACUGACUCUGAUCGCUUUUCGUCCUUCUCCCCUCCCCUGCUGCAGCCAAGGAAGACUUCAUGAGCCUUCUGUGAGGCCUACACUCAUGCAGGAGCUUCUGGGGUGGGGUGUGGGUGCUUUAAAAAAUAUUUCUGAAUCUGAAGACUUAAAGAAUAGAUGACAUUUUUUGUCUGUGAUGCUGUGAAUGAAUUUAAAGGAGUGACCCUUUUCCCCAGAGAGGAUGUUCACCCUGCAGUCAGAUGGUCGCAUGGGCCAACCCUUGGAAAGGGUCUCAUGUUUUCAGAAGCAUUCAUCAUUCAUCGGGAGCUGUCCAGACUUCCCUGGUCCGUUACUUUCUUCUGCAACAUUAGUAAUGCCUUAAGCUGACAUUUGCAUUUUUGCGGAACAAUUACCUGGAUGGAUCUGAGAAGAAACAGUUGCACAGAGGCAUGGCUGGAGUAAUAAACUAAUAAAGCUGUUUCUGUACAGUAA